UCACAUUGUUAUUUGAGGUUAUGUAAGAUUUUCACAAAUUAAAUUCAUUACAAGUUUAAGUUCUAUAAUGUUUAAGUUAAGUAUUCGUCAGAUUUUGCGAUUAAGAAGUGCACAUAACUGUUUGAAAUAUAGUCAAUAUGCAUGUCAACAUCAAUUUGCAGUGUCCAGGCAAUUUCACACAACAAAGUUUUUAACUGAAAAAUCAGAAGUAAUAGCACCCACACUUUCAAAGCAAAUUAAUAAACAUGAUGUUUUAUCAGAAAAUGAAUUCUUAGUACAUAUGAAAAAUGAUCCAGACACAUUUGGACAACAGAUUGUAGAUGAAAUUAUUGAUGAAGAUGAUGCAAAAGAAGAGAAAUAUUUGCAAGAAGUUGGUGAUCGUUCAAAACAGUUAAGCACAAAGCAAUAUGCAGAUAUGAUUAAGUCAUUUAUAAGGAAAAGAAAAAUAAAGGAAGCUAUUGAUGUGGUGGAAGUGAAAAUGUUGAAAGAAGAUCGUGUCAAACCUGAAAACUAUUUGUACAAUCUCUUGUUGGGUGCCUGUGGUCGAGUUGGUUACACAAAAAAAGCAUUUUCUUUAUAUAAUAAUAUGAAAAAAAGAGGUUUAGUAGUUACAGAUGGUACAUAUACUGCUCUUUUUAAUGCCUGUGCAAACAGUCCUUGGCCAACUACAGAUGGUCUAACACGAGCUAAGCAUCUUCAUAACAUUAUGAUAGAAAAAAGACAUGAACCAAAUGAUAGUAAUUACAAUGCAAUGAUCAAAGCAUAUGGAAGAGGAGGUGAUUUAAUAUCUGCAUUUGCAGUUGUGGAUGAAAUGAUUUCCAAAAAAAUGCCUAUCAAAGAUGAUACAUUAAACUUUUUGUUGCAAGCUUGUAUAUCAGAUAAAGAGGCUGGUUUUAGGCAUGCGUUAUUAGUUUGGAGGAAAUUCGUGGAUAAAGGAAUAACACCAUCAAUUUUUACCUACAAUUUGCUACUAAGAUCCAUUAGAGAUUGUGGUUUAGGUGAUUUAGAAGUAACCAAAGAUGUUCUUACAAAGAUAUUACCACAAGGUGACAAAUUUCUGCAACUACCUGAAGUUCAUGAGAAUCCAAUUGAAGAUAAAUUUGGAGAACUUGAAUCUUUUGGAAAAUUGACUACAUCAGAUUUCAAUAAAAAUUAUGAAAAUGUAGGAAACAUUCAGUCAAGCAGACCUAAUUUAAUGGCCAAAGUACCUCAUUUAGGGAAUAUCAUUUCAUUGUCUGAAGUUAAGAAACCUUCAGAUCGUUUACUGCUUUUGGGUGGAGCCUCUGCAUAUAUUGAAAACAUGUUAGAAAAUAAUUGUAAACCCGACAUCAAAACUUAUACGCAAAUGCUCAAUUGUAUUCCUGGUACUAAUGUUGCAGAAAAUAAUGUUCUGUUAACCAUGAAGAAACUGGGUACAAAGCCAGAUUUGGAUUUUUAUAAUAUGUUAAUAAAGAAAAGAAGCAUGAGAGCGGAUUACGAGUCAGCCAAAGAAGUGCUAGGAUUGAUUAAGACGGCCCGCUUUGAGCCAGACAUUAUUACUUACGGUGUUCUAGCUCUGGGUUGUAAAAAUAAAGAAGAGGCUACUGAAUUCUUGGCUUAUUUUAAUCAAGCAGGAUUGAGAUUAAAUACCGAGAUUUUAGGUGCUAUGUUAAAACAAGCUUGUUUCCACUUCAAUUUUUCAUAUAUUAUAGAAAUAUUAGCAAUUUGCACUAAAGAGAAUAUAAAACCAAAUAAAAUAUUCAUGCAACAUUUAGAAGAUUUCAAGAAAAAAUGUAAAUAUGGAAAGGACGGAAAAGAACGAUCGAAAACAUUCGAUAAAAAUUAUCAAGUAUUUAAAAUGAAGUACAAUAAAUUCAAAGACGAAGUUGAACUCGAGGAAGAAGAACAUCCAUGGACUCAAUACAGACAAAAAACCGAUACGGACGUCAAAUUUUAUAAUGAUAAAACGGCAAGGUUUAAAGCGAGGCAUACGUCUUUGUACAGACAGAAGAAGACACCUGUAGACGUGGUGCAUAAAAAUAAUAGGCCAAGAUUUAACAAAUUUAAACCUAAACAAAUUGCCGAAUAAUAGU